CCAAACCUCAACGUUUACAGCCAAGAUGCGCAACAUUGGUACCGGCAUCAGCAACUGGCGGCUCACCGCCACCAUGGUGGUCUUGUUCAUGAGCAUGCUCACCGCGAAUCUCGACACGACCAUCCUCGCGACCGCCAUUCCCAAGAUCACGGAUGAGUUCAACUCCUUAGACGACAUGGGCUGGUACGGCUCGUCGGCUUUCCUGACCUUCGCCGCCUUCCAGACAACGUGGGGCAAGGUCUUCAAGUACUUCAACAUGAAAUGGUCCUACGCACUCACCAUUGUCAUCUUCGAGCUCGGCAGUAUCGUCUGCGCCGUCGCCCAGAACAGCACGACUCUCAUCGUUGGCCGCGCCAUCGCCGGCAUGGGCGCCGCCGGCCUGACCACCGGCACCUUCGUCAUCAUCGGCUACACCGUCAUAGAGGAGCUCCGCCCUGCCUUCAUGGGUGUCCUGGGUGCUACCUACACGCUGGCCUCGUUUGUCGGCCCCAUUGUCGGCGGCGCCUUUACUGAACGCCUCACCUGGCGCUGGUGUUUCUGGAUCAACCUCCCCAUUGGAGGAGUCGCGUUGGCUCUCCUCAUCCCCUUUUACCGCAAUCCAGAUCACGCCAAGCCCCUGCAGGCCACAUGGAAGGAGACGAUCCUACAGUUAGACCUGGUCGGCAGCGCCUUGGUCCUGGCAUCUGUCGCCUGCUUUUCGCUGGCGUUGCAAUGGGGCGGCCUCUCCAAGUCGUGGUCCAACAGCGAUGUCAUUGGCACGUUGGUCGGGUUUUUCGUCCUCGCCGUCGUAUGCGGCAUAAAUGAGGUUUGGAUGGGUGAGAGGGCGUCCAUUGUCCCUCGACUCCUCAAAGUACGCCGCAUCCUGGUCAAUCAGUUCGUCGUCUUCCUUAAUUCGUCGGGGCAGUUCAUCCUCGUAUACUACCUUCCCAUCUACUUUCAGUCGCUGCUGAAUGAUACUCCUCUCCAGUCAGCCGUGCACAACCUUCCCUUCCUCGUCGGAGGCCUCUUCUCCAUGGCCUCGGGAGCCCUUCUCACCGCGACAAACCAGUGGCUCCCAUUCCUGGCGCCCGGCGCCGCCCUCUGCGCCGUGGGUGGUGGUUUGAUCUACACGAUGGACAUCAACACUCCGACCGCGAAAUGGGCUGGAUACCAGCUUCUCGCCGGCUCAAUGACGGGCUUUGUGUCUCAGAUUCCAAUCAUGGCCAAUACAGCCAUUGUCGACAUGGCAGACAUGGGCUCUACCUCCGCCAUGACCCUCCUCUUCCAGCUCCUUGGUGGCUCUUUCUCCGUCGGCGCUGCGCAAUCCAUAUUCAGCAACCUCCUUCUGAAGCACAUUGCUGAGACGGCCCCAACCAUUUCGCCGACGCUUGUCCUCGCUACCGGUGCGUCAGGCUUGCGACAGGCUUUUACAGCUGAAGAGCUUCCUUUCAUCCUGGACGGAUAUACUAAGGCUCUGAAGGGAGCCUUUGCCUUGGCUACUGCCAUGAUGUCCGCGGGCUGCGUCGCAAUCGCGUUUUUCAAAUGGGAGAAGCUUCGUCCUGAUGCGCCUGCCGCGGGUGAGAAGGCACUGCACGAGGACACUCAGUCGGCUGCCGUCAGUUCAAGCGCGGGAGAAAGCUCCGAAGGUGGUAAUGCGACUGUUGAAAACAGCGAGAAGCCGGUGCAGGGUGAUUCUGUCCUUGAAACUGUCAAUUGAAUUUGAGCGACGAAGCCUAACCAAGAACGAAGACUCAGGAGUGAAUGAUGCUCAGAUAACGUCAGAUUGUUAUGAACGAUGAGCUGUUACCAUAGAAUGCAAAAUAGGUAUCGCGAGUUUCUUUUAGUUUAGUAAUGAGGGGACGGCAACUUAUGGACUUUGACCUUUUGAGUUUUCAAUUGUGACCCAUGGUCACAGUGGAACAUUGUAACAAAAAUAGGGAUAUUAGGGGUACAAGCUUGUUUAGUAUAUAGACUUAUAAGUAACUAAUAACACUAUUAAAAGUGUUAAAUUUUUAAAUUUUAACGAUUUUUUUUUAUAUGUAAAAUCUAAGGUAAUUUAUUUACUAUUAUAAUAAAAGAUAAUAGUAAUAUAACUAUAUAAAUUAUAGCUAAAGUAUUUAAAUUUAAAGUAAUUAAUUUAUUUUUAAAA